GUUCGGUUUUAUUGAAGGGGUUGGACUAGUUCUAGGAUGUUGCUAGUUAGCUUAAAGCGAUACGGCCGCAGAACCCUGUUGUACGGCGACUGCUGAUAGCCGGCUAGAUAGUUAAUGUACUGUAUAGCUCGUAAAUAGUUUAGCUAACACAUUAUGUUAUGAUGAACUAAAUGACCUUUAAUAUACGAAUGUCUAGCGUAAUGUUACGGGUUGGAAACACUGUCGCCUGCAGGGCCUGUGGGAUUCUGGUACCCGCCCGUGUAGGUGUGAGGUUCCGUCUGCCCUUACAGAAACUGCACCCUUUGUCCCGUGCUAUCCAUCACCGCUACUCUUCGAACGCCAAUCCCUGCCGCCCCGCUCACCGCUCGGCCGCCCGUCACUACACCUCCCUGUCCCGCCCUCCUGUGCGCAGUGCUCGGCUUUCCUCGGGGGGACAUGGAUAUCAGCAACGUCGCACGUUCUGGGUGGCCCAGCUGGCCACAAGGCUCCUGAGACUGCGCUAUCUCGUACUGGGAUCUGCCCUGGGUGGAGGAUACACUGCCAAAAAGACUUAUGAGGAAUGGAAGGAUAUGAUUCCAGAUUUCAGCCAAUACAAGGGGAUUGUGCCAGAUUUCUUUCGAGAACUGAAUGAAAGUAUCGACUUGGAAAAGCUCUCCAAGGCCCUGCCUGAUGCUGAGGAGCUGGCCAAGCUGCUGCCUGACCUGACCAAGAUUGGCGAGAACUUCUCCUUCCUCAAGGGCCUCAUCUCCAACGGUGUGGUUAGUGAGGUCACAGGAGCUACUGGUCUACGUGUGUUAGAGUCUUCUGGAGAGCCUGCACUGACACCAGUAGAAAACAAUGGACCAGAAAACAGCGAGAAACAGGCCAUACUGGAUGAGCUCGCUCUUGUUCAGCAGCAGAUCAGGCAGCAAGAGGAGGAGGCGCCAAAGGCGCCAGUCGAUAACCCCGCCCCGAGCCCCGCGCAGCACAAGCGAAAGGGGGCUGAUAAAGAAAAAGUGGAACAGCUGCAAGACGAGCUGCUGAAGACUCAGAUGAAGUACCAGCGCAUGCUGGAGCGACUGGAGAAGGAGAACAAGGAGCUGAGGAAGGAGGUCUUGCAGAAGGACGACAAGGGGAUCCACCAGAGAAAGGUCAAGAAGUCUUUGAUUGACAUGUACUCUGAAGUGCUGGACGUCCUGUCUGACUACGACUCCAACUACAACACCCAGGAUCAGUUGCCGAGGGUGGUGGUGGUUGGGGACCAGAGUGCAGGGAAGACCAGUGUUUUGGAAAUGAUCGCCCAGGCCAGGAUAUUCCCCCGGGGCUCAGGGGAGAUGAUGACCAGGUCCCCUGUGAAGGUGACCCUAAGCGAAGGACCUCACCAUGUCGCCAUGUUCAAGGACAGCACGCGCGAGUUUGACCUGGCCAAAGACGAAGACUUGGCGGCCUUGCGUAACGAGAUCGAGAUCCGAAUGCGCAAAAGCGUGAGGGACGGACAGACUGUCAGCCCUGAGACCAUCUCCCUGAGUGUGAAGGGUCCAGGGAUCCAGAGGAUGGUGCUGGUGGACUUGCCCGGGGUUAUCAGUACUGUGACCGCCGGCAUGGCCGCAGACACGAAGGAGACCAUCUUCAGCAUCAGCAGGGCCUACAUGCAGAACCCCAACGCCAUCAUCCUCUGCAUUCAGGACGGGUCGGUGGACGCCGAGCGCAGCAUCGUCACUGACCUGGUCAGCCAGAUGGACCCGCAGGGGAAGAGGACCAUCUUCGUCCUGACCAAAGUGGACCUGGCUGAGAAGAACCUGGCCAGUCCCAGCAGGAUCCAACAAAUAGUCGAAGGAAAACUUUUUCCCAUGAAGGCUUUGGGCUACUUUGCUGUGGUGACUGGGAAAGGAAGUAGCAGCGAAAGCAUUGACGCAAUCAAGGAUUACGAAGAGGACUUUUUUGAGAAUUCUGCGUUGCUGAAGAAAGGCAUGCUGAAGCCUCACCAGGUGACCACUAAGAACCUGAGCCUGGCCGUGUCUGACUGCUUCUGGAACAUGGUGGGCGAGUCGGUGGAGCAGCAGGCCGACGCUUUCAAAGCAUCUCGUUUCAACUUGGAGACCGAGUGGAAGAACAAUUACCCCCGCCUGCGGGAGCUGGACAGGAAUGAACUCUUCGAAAAAGCCAAGAAUGAAAUCCUAGAUGAAGUGAUCAACCUGAGUCAAGUCACCCCAAAGCACUGGGAGGACAUCCUGCAGAAGAAGCUGUGGGAGAGGAUGCAAACCUACGUCAUAGAGAACGUCUACCUGCCUGCCGCGCAGACCCUGGACUCCGGGACCUUCAACACCACCGUGGACAUCAAGCUCAAGCAGUGGACUGACAAGCAACUGCCACGCAAAGCGCUGAAGGUGGCCUGGGAAGCACUACAGGACGAGUUCACGCGCUACGUGUCCGAGAGCAAGGGGAAGGACCGGGACGACAUCUUCGACCGGCUCAAGGAGGCCGUGAAGGAGGAAAGCAUCAAGAGACACAAGUGGAACGAGGAAGCGGAGGAGAGCUUGAGGGUGAUUCAGCACAACGCCCUGGAGGACCGCUCCAUCGCCGACAAGCCCCAGUGGGACGGCGCCAUCCGCUUCAUGGAGGAGACUCUCCAGGCGCGGCUGGAAGACACGGAAAGGGUCAUCGAGGACAUGGUGGGACCCGGCUGGAAGCAGAGGUGGAUGUACUGGAGGAGCCGCAGUCCGGAACAGCACGUCCGCAAUGAGACCAAAAAGGAGCUGGAGCGCAUGCUGAAGCUGAACGAGGACCACGCCGCCUACCUGGCCAACGAUGAGGUCACCACCGUGCGCAAGAACCUGGAGGCUCGCAGGGUGGAGGUGGACCCCAACCUGAUAAAGGACACCUGGCACCAGCUGUACCGCCGGCACUUCCUCCAGAGGGCGAUCUCUCACUGCAACCUGUGCCGGAGGGGCUUCCACUACUACCAGAGGGGCUAUCAGGACUCGGAGCUGAACUGUGACGACGUCGUCCUGUUCUGGCGAAUUCAGAGAACGCUGGGAAUCACCACCAACACACUGAGGCAGCAGCUCACCAACACGGAAGUGCGCCGCCUGGAGAAGAACGUGAAGGAGGUCCUGGAGGACUUUGCGGAGGAACCGGUGAAGAAGAGUCAGCUGAUCACGGGCAGGAGGGUGAAGCUGGCUGAGGACCUCAAAAAGGUCAGAGAGAUUCAGGAGAAAUUGGAUGCUUUCAUAGAAGCCCUUCAUAAGGACAAGUAAUGAACAGGACACGGGAUGCCAGUUGCUGAUCACUGUCAAGAUGGCCGAUCAGAAAAGAGAAGGCAACCCUCGCCGCCCUGUGAACUACUGCCUGCCAUUUUCUUUCUUCUGUCUGAUUUGAACGGCGUCUGCCUCGGCCUGUCACGCUCCAGUCUGAGGGGUAAAAAGACACACGACCAACUGUUUUUAAUGCAGAGCGCACUGAAGAGCAGAAGACUUCUGCGCUGACCACAGACUCCUUUUUCUCACCUGGGGGACUUUGCAGCGCCGUGUGUCACCGGGGGAGAAGUUCGAAUAUUCAGUUCUGAUCAGUUAUUGCCUUUGUAUGUGCAGGAAGUGAUCCCUGUCUCCUGCUCGUAUGCUAUGAACUCAAUGCGCAGGGGAAAAGAUGCAUUUAAGUGUGGCGUUCAUCUGGUUCCUAUGAAAUGACUUGGAAAGGGAGAGAGUUCCUUUUCUUGCAUGGGGGAACCCGCUGCAGCUGCUUGCCAAACCUCUACAGCUAGACAGGGGUGAAUUGAUUGAUGGGAUGGGUGGGGGGGGAGGGGCCCUUGAGAUUGGGGUGAGUCUGUGUGAACGAACUCUCAGAUUCAAGAUGGCUCUGUCCUCCCCCCUGGAACGUUACACGCAUCGAGAUGUAAAUUAGACUCGAUGAAGAGGCCAAGGCUACUGACGCCACCUCUGCCAGUCCAACAGCCACACCGGCCCGUUUGUAAGAUGGCCAAAUCUGAUUACUAUUCCUGUUCUGCUCAUAUGCGUCUUGUUAUGUGUGUCUUGUGUCGUAAGUGUAGAAGUAGUCUCAAGGUUAGUACGGUUGCACUUUUUUAAAUGCCGGAUUAGAGGAAUGAAGGGGGGGCAUUUGGUUGUAAUAUAGCAGUGAAUCUGCCUCACUACGUUUCACACUGCACUGCCAUUUGAUUUACAGAAUUUAUUUUGUUUUGUUUGUUUUUGGGAGAGGUUGGAAGGAGGAGCACAUUUGCGCGUUGCCUUGUUUUUCCAGCGUAGCAGUUUGGUGUGAGGGUGGUGUGAGGGGACGUAUUUACAGUACAGCUGUCGUGUCGAGAGUCACUGUUUCCAGGGAGCGGUGUUUGGCAGGGUGGGGUCUCGAGGGGCCCUGGCUCGCUCUCGUGGCCGUGAAAGGCCGCCAGGUGGGACUCUUUACCCUGGACCAGGUUCACAGAGCGCUCAGGAUGGAGUCUCCCAGCGUUGGUGUGUGGUAAUGCAGUGUGCGGUAUGGAGGUGUAUGGUAUAGUACCUGUUUUACAGCACUUUAAACACUGAGGGCCAGAGCAGCUUGGCACAGCUCUGGCCUGCAUGCUAACAAAGAGCAUCAGUAUCAGGAAGACAGACCACACUCACUAAGCACUUCACAUGGACCAGGAAGGUAUGCUUUUACCUGGGAGCUGUACAGUAACACACACUUCAUUCCUCCAACCAGAGCACGAAACAGACCAGUGUCCUCUCAACAGACUGAGCUCUGAGCUUUCCUCCUCCAUACCCUCUACCUGGAGUGUAAGACAGUCUGAAUGAGAGAGGUCCAGCUUCACUCCUGCUCUCAGGAAGGUCACUGCAGAGUUCCCAUACUUGUGUAUGAACGACAAGGUUUAUGUUCUGUAUAUGAAAAAUGAAGAAAUCACAAAAUUGCAUCAUUCUUUGGGAGGAGUGUGAGAGUGCAGUUCUGACGAUAGUACUGUUGUAAAGAAACACAUUUUUGUUUAUCUGCCGUAUAUGAGUUGUGACUUUGCAUGAUGUGCCACAUCAUAUGUUAAAUAUUUAUUAAAUUUGAGCUUAAGAACAAGCACUGGAUAUAAGUAAAGUCAUUUUCAAAGCAA